AUGGAUAUUUCCAGCCCAAUCAACACGCAAAAUCUCUUUGCGGCAAGAGAUUCUGUGGUUGUCAUUACUGGAGGCGCCACUGGCAUCGGCCUUGCUAUGGCUUCCAUCUGCGUCCAAACAGGUGCCCGCAAGGUUUAUAUCCUAGGCCGGCGUCAAAACGCUCUUGCUGAAGCCGCAAAAGCCCUGAACCAGAGUUCUCAAGUCGUUGUGCCAAUCGUCUGCGAUGUGGUGUCUUCAGAAUCGGUCUCGUCGGCAGCCGACGCAAUCAUGAAGGAUUCUGGACACAUCGACGUUCUUAUCAACAACGCCGGACGAGGAGAUGUACCUCAAAACAUCUCCUCGGCUACGACCAUUGAAGAAACUAGCGAUAUACUCGCGCGAGCGUCCGAGGCAGCCAGCGACGUGCUUCGGACGAACACAGCAAGCGUCAUCAACGUCAGCGCGGCAUUCCUACCUCUGCUCCACCAAGGAAAUGUGAAAAGGGGCUGGCCUGAUCACAAACUUCCCCUGGACGAUCCCACGCGGAUGAACGCGCCAGCGUCUGGCGAUUUACGCAGCAGCCAGAUCAUCACGGUUUCUUCAAUUGCCAGCUUUCAGCGCACUGGCAUCACCGGCAUCGCAUACGCGGCAAGCAAAGCCGGCGCGACUCACAUUGGCAAGAUCCUCGCCACUAUGCUCGUUCCUUGGAACAUUCGUAGCAACGUCAUUGCGCCGGGACUGUACCCAAGUGAGAUUACCAACGUCCUAACAACGGAUCAAAUAAAUUACGUCAGCAUGCCGGCCGGAAGAGCUGGUAACAUGGCAGAUGUUGCUGGCGCCCUGCUUUACUUGAUAGGAAAUGCCGGGGCGUAUCUUAACGGAAGUGUCCUGCUCACAGAUGGAGGUAGACUCACUAUCGACCCAGCAAGCUAUUGA